AUGGGUGCAAAGCUGUUUUGCUGGCCACAGGGUUCUCCUGGCAUUGCCAUGAUGCUGAGAGCCCUACUCCUUACAGGCCUUCUUAGCUGGGCCAAUGGCCAGGAAGGUCAGGCCAUGUUACCAGAAGAAAAGAGCAAAAUCAGGGACCAGAUCGUUGAGAUGUUCGAUCAUGCCUAUGGCAGCUAUAUGAAAUACGCGUACCCAGCGGACGAGCUGAUGCCCCUGAGCUGCAGGGGGAGGGUGCGUGGUCUGGAGCCCAACAGGGGAGACAUCGACGACUCUCUGGGGAAGUUCUCCCUCACUCUGAUUGACACCCUGGAUACUCUGGUGGUGUUGAACAAGCUGGACGAGUUUGAGGAUGCGGUGAGGAGGACGUUGAGGGAUGUCAGGCUGGACAACGAUGUGGUGGUGUCUGUGUUUGAGACCAACAUCCGAGUCCUGGGGGGCCUGCUGGGGGCGCAUACGAUGGCAGACAUGCUCCGUCAGCGGGGGAAGAGGAUGCAGUGGUACAGAGAUGAGCUGCUCCACAUGGCCAAGGAGCUGGGCAACAGACUGCUCCCUGCCUUUAACACCACCAGUGGCCUUCCCUACCCCAGGGUAAACCUGAGGUACGGGGUCCUUAAUCCCCUGUCACGCACAGGCACUGAGUCGGACACCUGUACAGCCUGUGCAGGGACCAUGAUUCUAGAGUUUGCUGCUCUCAGUCGGCUGUCUGGGGAGGCCGUGUUCGAGGAGAAUGCUAGGAAGGCCCUGGACGUCCUGUGGGAGAAGAGACAGAGAGGAAGUGACCUCGUGGGCACAGUCAUUAAUAUCCACAAUGGUGACUGGGUCCGCAGGGACAGUGGUGUGGGUGCUGGCAUUGACUCCUACUAUGAGUACCUGAUGAAGGCUUAUGUUCUGCUGGGAGACAACGUUUACCUGGAGAGGUUCAACACUCAUUACAGAGCCAUCAUGAAGUACAUCAGCCAGCCUCCGCUGCUGCUCAACGUGCACAUGCACAACCCCACGGUCAGCGUCCGCAGCUGGAUGGACUCCCUACUCGCCUUCUUCCCCGGCCUGCAGGUUCUGAGAGGAGACCUAAAGCCAGCCAUAGAGACCCAUGAGAUGCUCUACCAAGUCACCAAGCAGCACAAGUUUCUCCCUGAGGCUUUCACCACCGAGUUCAGAGUUCACUGGGGUCAACACCCUCUGAGACCAGAGUUUGCAGAAAGCACCUACUACCUCUACAAGGCCACAGGCGACCCCUACUACCUCAGGGUGGGCCAGUCCAUAGUGGAAAAACUCAACGCCCAUGCCAGGGUACCUUGUGGGUUUGCAGCUGUGCAGGACGUCCGCACAGGGGCCCACGAGGACAGGAUGGACUCGUUCUUCCUGGCGGAGAUGUUUAAGUACCUGUACCUUCUGUUCUCUGAGAAGAACCAGCUUCACUUCGACAUCGACGACUACAUCUUCACCACCGAGGCCCACCUGCUGCCUGUCUCCCUGUCCACCUCACAGCCCCCUUGUCGGGGCAACAACACGGAAGCGCCCACUGCCUUGGAGGAAGACCUGUUUACCUACUCCUGCCCCAGCACCCAGACCCUUUUCCCCAACAACCCCUCCUUCGCCAAGACCAUAAGGGACAGCUACAAGUACCUGACUGGGGUGGGCCGAGCCUUCCACGCUUCGCCUGUCAGGGGCAUCGAGCUGCCGCUUCACGACCACGGUAUGGAGCCUGUUGAGUUUCUGAGGAACAUGGGCAUCUCCCUCACCCCACUGAGCGAGGCUGGGGCAACAGGGACACCGGGGGAGGUACAUAAAGGUGUUUACAGGGUGAAACUGGUGGCAGAGGUGACCCAGACCACAGAGGAGGAAGAAGUAGAGCCCCUCCUCGUUCAGCUCAUAUCCCCCCCGUUUCUGGGUAGAACGGUCCUGACUGCAGGACCAGCUAAGUUUGGAAUGGACCUUACCAAGCAGGAGCACGGGGUGAAGGGCAGCAUUGUGAAGACCUCCCCUUACACAGCGUGUGGACCCAUAGAGAACGCUGAGGACCUGAGCGGGCACAUUGCCCUGGCACUGCGUGGCGACUGCAUGUUUGCUGCCAAGGCCCACAGGCUACAGGAGGCUGGGGCUAUCGGAGUCAUCUUCAUAGACCACCGGGAGGGGAGUAACAGUGCAGAGACGCCCCUGUUCCAGAUGGUGGGAGAUGGAGGGUCCACAGCUGACAUCACCAUCCCCCUGGUGUUCCUAUUCAGCCAGGAGGGGGCGCUGCUCACCUCUGCUCUGGAGGACCACAGCAACGUCGAUGUACUGAUGCUGCCCAAAGAGAGGCGGCUAGGUAAGACAACAGACAAAGCAGACAAGCCCCUGGGGAAGAUGAACAUCAAGUUCCGCCUGGCGGAAGAGGGGGAGCUGGAAGACGGAGAAGCCAGAGGCCCCACCCUGCAGUUUGUCCUGGAGAAGGGAGAGGUAGUGUUGGAGGAAGAGGAGUACAAACAGCAAGGAGACAGCUGCUUGACACCUGGAGACGAUCAUAUGCCAUGUUUCUACGGACAAACUGCUGCCUCGCCUCCCUCCCACAGCGCCAACGACCCCAAUACAGACCCCUGAUCUCAGUUAGGUUCCUCAACCCCCUCCCACUGACCAAGGGCCUGGGCUCCCCAGCACUGAUCCCUGGUCGGUGUCCAGAUGCACGUUGACGUGCCAGAGAGGGCCCUGCUGCACGCUCUGGACUGGACUGACUCAAAAGGGGACCUUAGCAGUGUGACAGUCAAUCCCAUUGACUCACUCACUACCCCUUUUAAAAUCUGAGGGUGGUCUCGUACAGUUGAUAGUUAUUGGAACUGCAGUAUUUAUUAAUGUAUAGGAUGGGCAUGGGGCAGGUAGCUAGUUAGUCUUACCUUGCUACUGUAGCCUCAAGCCAACUCAGUUGUGUUGUGGAGAUGACCGAUUUAGUCAGAUGAUUGUAAGAGAGAAUUGAUAACAACACAUUUCAGAGAAAUAGCUGAGGUAAGUGUGGGAGGGGAUAUUGGGCUGAUAUAGGGAACCCACUUUGUCUGAGGCCUUGUGUUUGAGUCUCUGUACUGUAGGCUAGAUUGUGUUGAGCGGCUGCACUGACAAGGGGAUUGCUUUACUGUCCCCUGUAACAAGUUGGUAUUCUGUCAAUUCAGUGGCGUGUGAGUGAAUUUACAGUGUGGCUAGUAGUGUUAUUUUGAAGAUGAAUAGGUGAGGAAUGGGCUCUCCUGACCAAAGGGAUGUGUUAACACUCACAAGAAUGCUUUUAGCAAAAGGACAAGAUGCCAUUUUGGGUGAACCGAUGAGUUCAAUUUAAUUUAUUUUGUACUGUUAGCUAUAUCAGGGAAAUGUAAGAGUGAAAAAGAUGUGUGUGUGCAAUCGUUACUACACUACCAAAUCAAUACCUUUUAUCGACCUUAGUCAUGCAUGUUUCAUUUUUCAAAUGUCAGUCGGUUAUGUAAACACAAUACAUCAGUCCGAUUUCCGCAACAACUAAGAGCAUUGAAGCGCGAGGCUCAACUCCUCCGCCGUUUUGGGUCCCGUAUAAAACCACGUUGUAACAUGAAGUGCAGCCGCGCUCAUGCGCGGAUACUGUGUGAGGAGAAAGUCUUGCACUGCGCUUAAACUGCAUUUUUGUAGUGCUGCUCGUGGCAACGUCAUGACGCUGAGUCUACCAGCUCUAGGUUGGUACUCUGCCGAUCUUCACCACUGCCCCUGUGCCACCAGACGGCCUAUAAUGCCAUGCACUUCAGCACACCGGCAUCUUCCUCCUAGAGCUAUCGUCAUGGUGGGACCAUACAUCCAGGGACUUCUUCCCAAGCAGCUCACAGCACAUCAAACACACCGUUGGUGUUUUCUCUGUUCGGUGUCCUCAUUGCAAACAUCCUUUGUAUGAGUCUUUGUGUGUGUGUGUGACUCUUUGUGUGUGUGUGUGUGACUCUUUGUGUGUGUGACUCUUUGUGUGUGUGUG